UCGGUGGCAGCCCUGCGCCCGAAGCGGCUGCCGUCCCCAGCUACAGGCCCCCGGAAGUACUACUCCGCGCCCCGGAAGCGGUUCCUCUGGCCGCGAGUGCGCUCCGCCUCGCGUUCCGUGUGAGACGUGGAGCUGAGCGACCAAGGCCGCGAGCAAGAUGCCGGUGGCCGUGGGCCCCUAUGGACAGUCACAGCCAAGCUGCUUCGACCGCGUGAAGAUGGGCUUUGUGAUGGGUUGCGCCGUGGGCAUGGCAGCCGGGGCGCUCUUCGGCACCUUUUCCUGUCUCAGGAUCGGAAUGCGGGGUCGGGAGCUGAUGGGCGGCAUCGGGAAAACCAUGAUGCAGAGUGGCGGCACCUUUGGCACAUUCAUGGCCAUUGGGAUGGGCAUCCGGUGCUAAUCAGGGCAGUGGUUGCCCACAACAUCCACCCCCUCCCAUCAUUCCCAGCCCAUGUACUAUAAUAAAACAAGUCUGAGUA